UGCCUGGGCCGCCCCGCCAACGCCCGGAGCCCGGCGCGCUGAAUGCAGACUAAUAGGGAUGCCAAAGGAAAAAUAUGACCCUCCAGAUCCUCGCAGAAUUUAUACCAUCAUGUCAGCGGAGGAGAUAGCUAAUGGGAAGAAAUCUCACUGGGCAGAAUUAGAGAUCUCGGGUAGAGUGCGGAGCUUAAGUAUGUCACUUUGGUCCCUGACACAUUUGACUGCCCUGCACCUGAAUGAUAAUUACCUUACUCGCAUUCCACCUGAUAUUGCCAAGCUCCAUAAUCUGGUUUACCUGGACCUGUCAUCCAAUAAACUCAGAAGUUUACCAGCAGAACUAGGAAAUAUGGUGUCUCUCAGGGAAUUGCUUUUAAAUAACAAUCUGUUACGGGUUUUGCCUUAUGAGCUUGGACGGCUCUUCCAGCUGCAAACUCUAGGGUUGAAAGGCAAUCCUUUAUCACAGGAUAUUCUCAGCUUAUACCAGGACCCAGAUGGAACACGAAAGCUACUGAACUUCAUGCUCGACAAUCUAGCAGUUCACCCAGAGCAGCUUCCUCCGAGGCCGUGGAUUACAUUAAAAGAACGAGACCAAAUUCUGCCCUCAGCAUCAUUCACGGUUAUGUGUUACAAUGUGUUGUGCGAUAAAUACGCCACCCGGCAGCUAUACGGCUACUGCCCAUCCUGGGCACUAAACUGGGAAUACAGGAAAAAGGGAAUCAUGGAAGAAAUUGUUAACUGUGAUGCAGACAUCAUCAGUCUUCAGGAAGUGGAAACAGAGCAAUACUUCACACUCUUUCUGCCAGCAUUAAAGGAGCGUGGAUAUGAUGGAUUUUUUUCUCCAAAGUCACGUGCCAAAAUCAUGUCUGAGCAGGAGAGGAAGCAUGUAGACGGUUGUGCAAUAUUCUUCAAAAUAGAAAAAUUUACGUUGGUGCAGCAGCACACAGUUGAAUUUAACCAAGUGGCAAUGGCCAACUCAGAUGGAUCAGAAGCUAUGCUGAACAGAGUGAUGACAAAGGAUAACAUUGGGGUGGCGGUGGUGUUAGAGGUCCACAAAGAACUGUUUGGAGCAGGUUUGAAACCCAUUCAGGCUUCAGACAAACAGCUACUUAUAGUGGCAAAUGCCCACAUGCACUGGGACCCGGAAUAUUCUGAUGUGAAACUCAUCCAGACUAUGAUGUUCGUCUCCGAAGUGAAAAACAUCUUGGAGAAAGCCUCUAGCAGGCCCGGUAGCCCAACCACAGAUCUCAACUCCAUCCCGCUGGUGCUAUGUGCAGAUCUUAACUCAUUGCCAGAUUCAGGUGUCGUGGAAUACUUGAGCAACGGGGGAGUAGCUGACAACCAUAAGGACUUCAAGGAACUACGGUACAACGAGUGUCUUAUGAACUUCAGCUGCAAUGGAAAGAACGGAACCUCGGAAGGAAGAAUCACACAUGGCUUCCAACUUAAGAGCGCCUAUGAAAAUAACUUGAUGCCUUACACCAAUUACACCUUUGAUUUCAAAGGCGUGAUUGACUACAUUUUCUAUUCUAAGACUCAUAUGAACGUGCUUGGCGUCCUGGGGCCUUUGGAUCCUCAGUGGCUGGUUGAGAACAACAUCACUGGAUGCCCCCACCCACAUAUCCCUUCAGACCACUUCUCACUGUUAACACAACUUGAACUUCACCCUCCGCCCCUGCCUCUGGUCAACGGGGUCCACCUACCCAGUAGGAGGUAGUGGCAUCCGACCCCUCGGCGGCGGGGGCGGGGGCUGG